AUCCUCAGGCAUCUGGCCUGCCUUUGCGACAAACACACUUAGCAGGCUGAGCGAAUCCUCGGGCUCAAACUGACAAGCCAACCUCGGCAACUCCAGCCGCGGAGGCUGCCCUGGCCCCGGAGCCCUGGAGCCCUGCUGGCGGGGGCUGUGCCCUGCUGGUGGAGGAGGCCCCGGAGGAAGAGCUCCAGGCAGGGAGCCCAGCAACAGCAGCGCCAGGGCCUCGGGGGGUCCCCACUCCGGGUCCUGGAGCCCCGGCUAGGGCCUGACAUGCAAAAGUGCCCUUUACUUUUUCACAUUUGCUGAAUGUCUGCAGGGAGGAGGGAGGCAGCUCUUUAUCUCAAGAGACCAGAAGAAAAUUCCUGGCCAUUCAGAAUGGUUUCCCAGGGCUCCUCGCCCUCCCUGCUGGAGGCCCUGAGCAGCGACUUCCUAGCCUGUAAAAUCUGCCUGGAGCAGCUGCGGGUGCCCAAAACGUUGCCCUGCCUGCAUACCUACUGCCAGGACUGCCUGGGCCAGUUGGCCGAGGGCAGCCACGUCCGAUGCCCUGAGUGCCGCGAGUCCGUGCCUGUGCCGCCCACGGGCGUGGCUGCCUUCAAGAGCAACUUCUUCGUCAACGGGCUCCUGGAUUUGGUGAAGGCCCGAGCCGGUGGCGACCUGCGCGCAGGGAAGCCGGCCUGUGCGCUGUGCCCGCUGAUGGGGGGCGCCAGCGCCGGGGGGCCAGCCACAGCCCGGUGCCUGGACUGCGCCGACGACUUGUGCCAGGCCUGUGCCGAUGGGCACCGCUGCACCCGGCAGACCCACAGCCACCGCGUGGUGGACCUGGUGGGCUACAGGGCAGGGUGGUACGACGAGGAGGCCCGGGAGCGCCAGGCGGCCCAGUGUCCCCAGCACCCGGGGGAGUCCCUGCGCUUCCUUUGCCAGCCCUGCUCCCAGCUGCUGUGCCGGGAGUGUCGCCUGGACCCCCACCUGGACCACCCCUGCCUGCCCCUGGCCGAGGCUGUGCGUGCCCGGAGGCCCGGCCUCGAGGAGCUCCUGGCGGGCGUGGACAGCAAUCUGGCUGAGCUGGAGGCCACCCGGCUGGAGGAAAAGGAAGCCUUGGCCCGUCUGCGGGAGCAGGCGGCCAAGGUGGGCACGCAGGUGGAAGAGGCGGCCGAGGGGGUCCUCCGGGCCCUCCUGGCCCAGAAGCAGGAGGUGCUGGGGCAGCUACGGGCCCACGUGGAGGCUGCCGAGGAGGCUGCUCGGGAGAGGCUGGGGGAGCUGGAGAGCCGCGAACAGGUGGCCAGGGAGGCGGCCGCCUUUGCCCGUCGCGUGCUCAGCCUGGGUCGCGAGGCCGAGAUACUCUCGCUGGAGGGGGCGAUUGCCCAAAGGCUUCAGCAGCUGCAGCGCUGUCCCUGGAUGCCUGGGUCAGCUCCCUGCCUGCUGCCCCGGCUGGAGCUCCAUCCUGGACUCCUGGACCAGAAGUGCCACCUGCUGAGGCUCUCCUUUGAGGAGCAGCAGCCCCGGAAGGCCAGCGGGAAGGACGGAGCCAGAAGCCAGGGAGGCGACGAAACCCAGCCCCAGAGCAGGGAUGGAGCCCCGACCCCGAAGCAGGACGGAGCGCAGACGCCCCAAGAAGAUGGAGCCCAGACCCUAAAGGCGGAGAGAGCCGAGACUCCCCAAGAAGACGGAGCCAAGACCCCGAAAGAGGGCAGAGCCCAGACACCCCAAGAAGACGGAGGAGCCCAGUCCCCAAGGGGUGGCAGAUCCAACAAGAAGAGGAAAUUCAAAGGCAGGCUCAAGUCCAUUUCUCGGGAGCCCAGCCCAGCACCUGGGCCAAACCUGGAGGGCUCUGGCCUCCUCCCCAGGCCCGUCUUUUUCUGCAGCUUCCCCACGCGGAUGCCGGGGGACAAGCGGUCUCCCCGGAUCACUGGGCUCUGUCCCUUUGGCUCCCGGGAGAUCCUGGUGGCAGACGAGCAGAACAGGGCCCUGAAGCGCUUCUCCCUCAAUGGCGACUACACGGGCGCGGUGCCCGUCCCUGAGGGCUGCUCGCCAUGCAGCGUGGCCGCCCUGCAGGACGCCGUGGCCUUCUCGGCUGGCGCUCGGCUCUAUCUCAUCCGCCCCAACGGCGAGGUGCAGUGGCGCCGGGCGCUGAGCCUCUGCCAGGCCAGCCACGCCGUGGCCGCCAUGCCGAGCGGGGACCGGGUGGCCGUCAGCGUGUCAGGCCAUGUGGAGGUGUACAACAUGGAAGGCAGCCUGGCCACCCGGUUUAUCCCUGGGGGCAAGGCCAGCCGGGGCCUGCGGGCACUGGUGUUCCUGACCACCAGCCCCCAGGGCAAUUUCGUGGGGUCGGAUUGGCAGCAGAAUAGCUUGGUGGUCUGUGACGGGCUGGGCCAGGUGAUUGGGGAGUACCGGGGGCCGGGCCUGCACGGCUGCCAGCCAGGUUCCGUGUCCGUGGAUAAGAAGGGCUACAUCUUUCUGACCCUUCGAGAGGUCAACAAGGUGGUGAUCCUCGAUCCGAAGGGGUCGCUGCUCGGGGACUUCCUGACGGCCUAUCACGGCCUGGAAAAGCCCCGGGUGACCACCAUGGUGGAUGGCAGGUACCUGGUCGUGUCCCUCAGUAAUGGGACCAUCCAUGUCUUUCGGGUCCGCCCUCCUGACAGUUAAAGGGCUGGGACUGGGGAGAGACUUCGGGG